CCUGAUCUGACCGGCGAUCAUCACCGUCAUCUUUCCUCCAAUGCUGCCGGUCGUUGUCGGGAUUUGAAGCCGUCGCUUUCAGGUUGCCUCAAUAGGACAACAAUCGGCGCUCUUACUUGUGACGACUUUGCGAGAUAAAGUGGGUCUCAUCACCGAGAAGCACAAUUGGUUGAGGAUUUUAGUUGAGACGCUGCCUGUUGAUCCUUUGUCCAUGAAGUUCAAGCUGUAACCUGGCUCAAGGCACGGAUGUGGCUGCAGGAGGUGCUUACACCUUUUGAACGCCACGUCUGUUGUCCGGCCAUUGGCGCGGGGACUGAAGUAUAUAUGAUGGAGAAGUCCGAUAACACCACGGGGAACAUUUACGGACCUUCUUAAUCGAAAUAUACCCUAACUUACAAAGACUGCGCCAGAAGAAGACGAAAUAAUGGAUUCGAACGCGAUUUUCAGAGUUGACGGCAUCGUCGCCGUGAUCACCGGGGGUGGGACAGGUAUUGGUCUCACGAUGGCGAGGGCCCUGGUCUCUCAGGGUGCCGCCAAGGUCUACAUUCUUGGACGCCGUCUUGAGGUGCUCGAGACCGCAGCCAAAGAGCACCCUAAUCUGAUCCCCCACAAGUGCGAUGUCACUUCAAAGGAAGACCUCCAGUCUAUUGUCGACCGUAUCACGAAUGAAGUCGGCUAUGUCAACCUCGUCAUUGCGAAUUCAGGAAUCCUUGGACCGUCAGUCCGCUUCAACCCGGCACACUCCGUAUCCGAUCUGAAGAGGAUUCUCUUCGAUGAGUUUUCCAUGGAGGAGAUGACCGAAGUUCUUCACGUCAACAUCACAGCUGCCUUCUUCACCAUGUCGGCCUUCCUCGAACUCCUUGAUGCUGGGAACAAGAAUGCUCUCAAGGGCGGGUUCGGCAAGCCGGACCAGGAAGGCAGUGAUGUCAUCGCCAUUCAGAGUCAAGUCAUCUUCACGAGCAGUAUUUCGGCUUUCAGUCGGCACUUCUCUUCGACACCUCCGUACUUGGCCAGCAAGACUGCCAUCAUGCAGCUCACCAAGCAAGCCAGCAGCCAACUGGCUAGACACGGCAUUCGCGUCAACGGAAUCGCCCCAGGACUAUUUCCUUCAGAGAUCGCCGCGGGACUUAUUGGUGACCGCAAGCCAGAGACUGAAUCUCCGGAUGAUACAAAGUUCAUUCCGGCACGGAGGUUUGGAGGCGAUGAGGAGAUGACUGGAGCAAUUCUCUUCCUUACCAGUCGUUCCGGCAGCUAUUCAAAUGGCUCAAUCAUGGUCAUUGACGGUGGCCGAUUGAGCGCCAUGGCCAGUUCCUACUAGGAGUGUGUGUUAGAUGGUGUCGGAUAACUUCAGUCAGCGAUUGGGGCACCCCAUCACUCACAACUCUAUGUCAUAUCAUGAUGGCAAUGAAUACAUUUUUGAUAGAAUCGAUCAAACCUCGAAUAAAAAACCCGGGAAUUCUGGGUUUC